CAGGACUCAACACAAGCAUAGUUAUCUAUCUUCGCGGAGUACCGAGUACUUGCAGCCACCUACUACUUCACGCAUGGGCAGAGCCUCGCAAGGCUGGCUCGCAGCCUUCCUCCCCGGAAGACCUUCCCUUUGCUGCCCCGGGGAGUCGGCAGAUGGCCGGCGAUUCCCCCACAUGCCCGCAGCCCACCAGCCCUCACCAAUCCCCUGCCACCGUGCCACAGUGCGAGCUGUUACAACUCCGAGGUCGCUGCUGUAAGACAAGUCAACAGCAGCCCAUCCCAUUGACCAAGAGGCCGACAUGUUCUAGUCCAGGAAGCCUGAUUCGACCUGCCUCAGCUUGUUCGUACCCGAUGGAGCCUCCCAAGCACACAACCGAGCCUAUGCAAUAGCAGCGCUGGGGCCAGUGCGUGCGCAGCCAUGUCCUCGUCGACGUCCAAACCCAACGAGCGCCCCUCGAGCUCAAGACAUACCCCGGCUUCUACCAUUCCCGCCCCAGAAUUCGUCCGCGACGACACAGCCAUGGCACAGACCCGUACUUCCCGCGAACUCGAGUCAGAGGGCGUCGAGCUGCGAAAACUGCACCACGCACUUCUACAGCCCGAACAUGCAGGGACAGACGAUGAAUUCUCAGAGAGUGACAGCCAUGCCGCCGAGGAUGACGAAGGAUAUGUCAAACGACGCUUGCAGAGGUCCGCAACACACUCCAAAGACUACACAGACGAGGAAGAAGCCGCUCUGGUGCGCAAGCUGGACCGCAAACUGGUCGUCUUCCUGGGCUUUCUCUACAUGCUGAGCUUCCUCGACCGCUCCAACAUUGGCAACGCUCGCAUCGCGGGGUUGGAAAAGGACCUCUCUCUGUCUUCUGCACAGUACGAUUGGCUACUCACGGCUUUUUACAUCACCUACAUUGGCUUUGAGUGGAUGAUUUUGCUGUACCGAAUCCUCCCCGCCCAUAUAUACAUACCUCUGUGUGUUCUGUCGUGGGGCCUUGUUGCGAGUCUACAAAGCCUAACCGCAUCGUUCGGCCAACUGCUUCUCCUCCGUGGCAUUCUGGGCAUCACAGAAGCCGCUUUCGGACCGGGUGUCCCUUUCUACAUGACAUACUUCUACAAGCGCUCCGAAUUGGCCUAUAGGGUUGGCCUGCAAAUCUCCGCUGCACCACUGGCGACGAGCUUCGCCGGCUCCCUGGCAUGGGUGAUUGUCAAGCUGAGCCAGAAUGGACCCAUUGCACCCUGGAGAGCAUUGUUUUUGGUUGAAGGGUUCCCGUCCAUCAUCACGGCCGUCGCCGCGUGGUAUUGGAUCCCGGACUCGCCGUCGAAGGCGCGGUAUCUGACGGCACGGGAGAGGAAAGUUGCGGUUAUGAGACUGCGAACUGAAGAAAACCAUGGUUCUCAUUCUAGCGAGUCCAUGCAUGCCUCGAGUGCAGCAUCGUUGACCCAACGGCUCAACGUCAAAGAAAUCCUCACCACGAUCCUCGACCCGAAAUCGUACCUGACAGCCCUCAUGUUCCUCAGCGUGAACGUCUCCUUCAGCUCCCUCCCCGUCUUCCUCCCCACCAUUAUAAACAGCAUGUCCUUCUCCCCUCUAGCCUCCCAGGCCUUGGCAGCUCCACCGUAUCUGUUCGCCUUCUUCUUCGUGCUCAUGGUGGCCCGAUACAGCGACAAAGUCCCGGACUCGAGAUCCUUGUUCCUCGUGGGUGUUGCUCUGCUCAGCGCCAUAUCGUAUGCCGGGAUCGCCAUCGCGGGAUACCUACACGAGUCUCUGGGAGAGGCUGGGAGCAUCACGAUCCGCUACGUCGGCGUCUACGGAGCGGCGAUGGGCCUCUUCUCCUCGGUCACGCUCAUCAUCACGUGGACGCUCAACAACCAAGCCACGGCGACGAGCAAGGGCACCGGCCUGACCAUCCUCAAUGUCAUCGGCCAAUGCGGCCCGCUGAUCGGAGUGCACUUGUUCCCCCGCAGCCAGGGCCCGUUGUACGUUCCAGGCAUGGCCGUGUGCGCCGGGUUCAUGGCCGUCGGCGUCGCCGGCCUGGCUGGGGUGUUGAGACUGGUCCUGCAGCGCGAGAACAGGAGGAAUGGGUUCGGGGAAAAGGAGCCUAGGCUAGGCGGGGAGUAUGAAAUGGUGAGUAAAGAGGACGAAGACGGCGACGAGGGCGGACGCGGAGGGGGACGAAGAGAAGGUGACGAAGACGCCCAAGAGACUUUGAUCGGCGGGGCCAGGAAGGUUGGAGGCGAGAAUUCGGGAUUUAGGUACAUGCUCUGACGACGAUUAAUGAAGGGACUAUAUUGGGAGUCAUCUUUUCUCCUGGCCCAGCGCAGGAUACAUACAGCUAGAUAAUGGGAUACUGUAUAAUGACGGAGU